UUAAUUUCCUUCAAUAAUAAUAAUAAAAAAAAUGGGGGCAGGAGCAUCCAAAAAUAAGAUUACCUCGCAAGAUAAAGCAAUAUUAGAUUUAAAAGUUCAACGAGAUAAGCUUAAAAGAUACCAGAAAAACAUUAAUGUAGUGAUUGAAAAAGAAAUUGAAGCAGCAAAGAUUGCUUUAAAUCAAGGAAAUAAAAAAAAGGCACUUCUAGCUUUAAAAAAGAAGAAAUAUCAAGUUCAAUUACUUGAUAAAACGGAACAGCAAUUAAUGAAUCUUGAGGAACUUACUCAUUCCAUUGAAUAUGCCUUAGUAGAAAAGCAAGUUUUAGAAGGAUUGAAAAAAGGAAAUGAAGUAUUGAAUGAAAUACAUAAAGAAACUUCAAUUGAAGCCGUUGAGAAAUUAAUGGAUGACACAGCCGAUGCCAUUGCUUACCAAAAUGAAAUUGAUGAGAUGUUGCAUGGAUUAAUAAGUGUUGAAGAUGAAGAAGAAAUAAUGAAAGAAUUAGAUGAGCUUCGAGAACAAGAGCUGAACUUGGAAUUACCUGAUGUACCCAAUCAUAAAUUACCUGAACUCAUCCCAGAUGAUUUGCCAAAUGUUCCAACGCAUACGCCUGCCGUCAAAUCUAAAAAACAAAAACAAGCGUUGCUGGCCAUCUAAUCAAGAUGUAAAGUUUGACAUUUUUGCUGUUUUUGGAUAUUUUGUGAAAAAAGAUUUAUCCUGGUAUACAUAAAAGAAUUGUUGUACAUGAACAAAUAAUUUUUUUUUUUUGUUUUUUGUUUUUUUGUUUUCAGCUUUUGAUAUAUAAAGUAGAGUGGGCG